AUGGGCAGGGGGGGGUUCGUGCUACCGCCGCCGGCGAUCGAGGAGCCCGACGACGUCGUCGACGACGACGGAGACGACGAGAGGGGGGACUGGGAGAGCGUGCGGAGCGCCUCGGGGAUCCCGAGCCGGAUGCAGGGCGGUGGCGGCGGCGGCGCGGUGAUGAGCGCGGCGAGGAUCAGCCUCGGCAACAGGCUGAAGAAGUCGGCGGGCGAUACGGCGGCCGCGUGGACUCGGGCCUCGAACCUCGGGAGGACCCGGGGCGGGAGAGGGGCGGUAACGAACGCGAGCGGGAGCACACGCGGCAGCUGGCGAAGCGGGAGGUGA